ACAGGUCCAGCAUCCGCUAGGUACAUGCACAGAUAAACUGACAGGCAUGGACAAAGGCAGAAAACAGAUGGCUGAAAAAAUAUUAAAUGUCACCCUAGAGAUAAUCUGCCUGCUGACUGGAGAGGAAUAUACACUGAAGAAGAAGAUGUCUGAUGAGGAAGAAGAAUGGGGCAUGACUGAUAUCCAUAGUUCACUGAUAAAUGAGAGGAGCAAUGAGAAGAAGAUCCUUGAGCUCACCAACAAGAUCAUCCAUCUUCUGACUGGAGAGGUUCCUAUAAGAUGUCAGGAUGUCACUGUCUAUUUCUCCAUGGAGGAGUGGGAGUAUUUAGAAGGACACAAGUAUCUGUAUAAGGACGUCAUGCUGGAGAAUCACCACCCUCUUGCAUCAAUGGGUUCAGUUGGAGAAAGUAUAAAGAACAUACCACAGGAUUAUCAGGUUUCCAUCGCUGAGCCAUCACCAGAUGCUGCAUAUGAUCUUGUUCAGCCUCAGUUUGAAGAGCUGGAUGUUAUUAAAGAUAAAGUUAUAAAAGAAGAUAAAGAAAUGUAUGUGGAAGAUAGCUAUCAGUGUAAGGAGGAGGAAGCUCCCACAUAUAUCGGCACAGCAGGUGACUACACCAAUAUUCCAGAAGAACAAUUUCUAUUACCUCCAGUUUACACAUCAGAAUAUCAUAUGUAUGAUGACAAUCAGUCAACUACUCCAUCUUUGCCUUCGGUUCUUUACAGCAGAGAUCUGUCCAGUGAUCCCACUGAUUACCUGGAACCUUCAUCUCAUCAAUCCCAGAAUGAUCAACAAGUUACAGGUCACAGAGGAAGUGAAAUGUUUACAUGUUCUAAAUACGAGACACAUUUUAACCCAAAUGUGAGUUUUUCUAUGCUGUCUAUGCACAAGCAAAUUCACAGUAAUGAAAAGCUGUUUCCAUGUUCAGAAUGUAGGAAAUGUUUUGGCAAAAAAUCUGAUUUUGCUAGACAUCAGAGAACUCACACAGGGGUACGACCAUUUUUAUGUUCAGAAUGUGGAAAAUGUUUUACUGUAAAAUCACAUCUGAUUGAACAUCAAAGAACUCACACGGGGGAGAAGCCAUAUUCAUGUUCAGAAUGUGGAACUUGUUUUGCCAUGAAAUCAAAUUUUCUUAGACAUCAAAGAGUUCACACAGGACUAAAGCCAUUUUCAUGCCCAGAGUGUGGUAAAUGUUUUAGUCAGAAAUCAAGUUUAUUUCAACAUCUAAGAAUUCACACAGGUGAGAGGCCAUUCCCAUGCUCAGAAUGUGGGAAAUGUUUUAACCAUAAAUCAGAUCUUAAUAGACAUCAGAGAAUUCACACAGGGGAGAAGCCAUUUGCGUGUCCAGAAUGUGGGAAGUGUUUCAACAGGAAAUCAAAUCUUUGUGAACAUCAAAAAACUCACAGAUUGUGGGAUAUGUUUUACUCAGAUAUUGGCCCUUGUUAAAUAUCAGAACCUUCACUAUCUCUUAAAAGAAUUAUUAAACAAAUAUCACUGCAAUUUCUAGAGAUUUUUCAUGUAUGUCUCAGUGUGACCUUUCAACAGAAAGCAUAUUAUUGUACAACAAUAUACAGGGG